AUGCCAUCAACAAUUCAGCAAAAAGUUGAGAACCGCCUCGGUGAUGGCGGUACCUCAGUCUUCAACCUCGCUGAAGAUGCACGCAUCGAUGCCCUGCUUGGAGCUUGCGGCGAACGAUUCGGGCUACCGGUGGAUGGAACGAUCGCACUUUAUUCUGCCGAAGGCUCACUUCUCGACGGGUCCUCUCGUCUCAGAGACGUAGUGAAGCCUGAUGGAAUCAUUCAUCUCCGGGAGAAAAGUAGGAAGCCUUCUUCGCUGGUUCUGUUCAUCGCAGAGUCAGAUGACGAUCUCCUUCUCGGCCAUAGCUGGCUCUCUUGGAGCGUGCUCUCUUUCUUAGUUUCCAUCAGCGGUAUCGUUCUGACAUCAUGCGUUUUCGCGCUCUCGAAACACAAAAAUGCUUUCGAUAUGGGGGUCGUUAUCGAUGCCGGGUCAACCCAUUCCGAAGCCGUGAUCUUCAAGUGGCCCCUGCCGAAAACGAAUGGUACCGCGAAGCCUAUGGAGGUCGAAACGCUUAGAAGUAGAAAAAAAAGCAUCAGCUCCCUGAGUCCAGAAGAGGCUAACACGGAAUUCACAAAUUUAUUGGGCCAAGCGGAGCGAAUAUUAGCUGAAAACACAGAUAAAGAAUCGGUACUCUACAUGUCUGCAACCGACGGGAUGCGGCUUCUCCGGAUGCAGAAUCCCGAUCGAGCAAAUGCAAUCAUUGGCUCCGUCCGCGAGGCGAUGAAAGACAGCGGAUUGAAUUACAAAGCGGCUGAAAUAAGCGAUGGAGCAGACGAAAGUGCUCAGAAAUGGGUGUCCGUGAAUCACGAAAAGAAUCGUCUCUCGACUUAUCAACCAACAUUUGGCGCCCUCGACCUAGGGGAGACUUCCACGCACAUCACGGUCGAGGUCAAGGAGGAAGCAGACGCGACGAGAUCUCUGGAGCUCUACGGCAAACAAUAUCAUCUUCUGAGCAAGGAUUACCUUUGCUUCGGACUCGACGAAUUAUACAAACGCUACCUAAUGGCUAUAACGACCAGCCGUAAUGUAUUCGACAAGGCAAAUUUCACCAUCAGCAGUCCCUGUCACUCUCGAGGUUUCAGCAGCAAGAUCAGAGUUGGUCAAUUUUUGAGUCCGUGCGUACUCUCGGAUAAAACGCCAGCCGGUAUCGAAGAUCUUGUAAACCGGACCGUGUUCGUCACUGGAGCGUGGCAUCCGGGGGCUUGUCGAGGCAUAGUGGCGAGUCUUUUAGAUGCGCAACAGUGUCGGGGUGAAAAUUACAAGUUCUGUUUCGAUCCGAUCGACGCCACGCUGCCCAUGGAUGUGCAAUACAUUGCCUCCUCGGGAUUCUUCUCCGCAACAAAUGAAGCCAAAAUCAAGAUCAGCGAUGGUUUGGCGGUCCUGAGAAAUGUCUCGAUGACCUUCUGCAAUCAACCGUAUGACGAGUGGUUGGAGAAGUACUUCGAGGGAAAAGCUAACGACGCCGCUCAAGGCUGCUUCAAAAUCAACGUGGUCCGAUCGAUUCUCGUGGACAAAUACGGCUUCACCGAGCAAGGCUACAGGAAUUUGCAGAUUCCGCAAAAGAACGGUGGACAGAGCAUCUCCUGGCACAUGGGUUUCAUGAUCAACGCCAGCAAUGCUCUACCUGAAGAAGAGGACGACGGAAGUGAACUGACCCUGGGAGCUUUCCUCUCGUUAGUCAUGUUCUUCACUCUGGAGAUGUUCGUCUCCUUCGCACUCUUUUGCCUCCAUCGGCAGGCCGGUCUCCGAAAAGAGGAAACGCGUUUGUCACCCUUGUGA